AUGGAGGAGCACAUAAAAGAAAAAACAGAAGAAAUAUACGCUAUAGACGCCCAGAAAGACCUAAACAUGGUGAUAGCGGGGGGAGGAGAUGACGCAGUUACUUUUUACAAGUUUAACGGCACAGAGUACAUAAUUGAUGAAGUAAUUGAAGGAUUUGAAGAUUCUGUUGUAAUGGCCAGAUUUAUUUCUGGCAAAAAAGCCGUGGCAGUGUCUAUGGACGGGACUCUUGCCGAGAUAAACAUAGUGUUUGGAAAUGGAAGAUACAUGAAAGAAGUGCACACUGCAGAUCUGCAAAUGGACGUAUCCAAGGCUGUGCUGUCUGAAGACAAAACUAAAAUCUAUGUGGGAACAGUUGACGGGAUGGUAGAAAGAGUGCCUCUAUCUGCAAAUGAGGUAGAGAGCAGAAUACCCUGCAUGUACAUAGGCCAUUCCUCUGAUAUUUUGGAGAUAGUAGAGAUAGGAGAUGUGCUGUAUACGCUCUCAUCUUCUCAAAUAAUUAUCUAUGAUAAGGAAAAAGGAUCGCUGUUGGCUAAGUACCAGGCAGAGGUAGACAGCGACAUUCGUGUUAUGCAGGUAAAUAGCACAGGAAGGUCUGUAGGAGUUGGAUAUGGGAAUGGGCUGGUGUGCAUACUGGCAUACUCCAGCACACAGAACACUCUCACGAAUGUCUACAAGAAUGAUAACCCAGAGAGAACAUCUGUCGAGUCCAUCAGUUUUAUUGAAGAUUUGCUAAUUUUUGGAGAUUUUAAGUCAACUGUGACCAUCAUUGAUACAAAAUAUAAAAUAGAAAAAACAUGCAUACUAUCAGAAGACGAAGCAUGUGUUGUGAAAAUAAUCGCAAUAUCAUCAGCUGUAGCGAUUGCAAUAACAAACACUGGGAAAGUCUUUGUCAUCUCCCUAAAAUCGGAUAACAAAAUACUAUCAGAGUAUUCAAUACAUAGCAUAACACUCGAUGCUGUGCUGUUUAACAGGUACAUAUGUGCAGCGACAGUUGAAGGCGUUGAGUUUUUGCCGCUAACAUAA